AGUUGGCCAGUCAUUAGUUCUGCUCUAAAGCGGAUUCAGCAACAAGAUGAAGUUGCUCAGGUUUUUAAUUUUGUGGAGUUUAACGUUUUCAUGUUUCCUCCAAAUUUCGCAUGGGCUAAAAACUAGACCAAAACCGAACAAGGUGAAACCUGCGAAUAAUAAGAAUAAGACGAAAAAUACCACAAUUCGACCAAUUUCUUCGAAAAAAACUAAAAAUGUUGAAGUUUUGACAAUCAAAAUGUUCGAAAUCACCUUUGAUGCAAACCUGAUCGAAGUAAUUAGUGAAAUUCCGAUCCCCACAAAUGGAGAGAUUGUAGUUGGUCGUGAUACUGUGGGGCAGGCUGGGGGAAAGCUGAUCUUUCAGUGCGUAUCGCAAUACCCAGUUCAAUGGAUUUAUACGGGAGACGGGAAUCCCGAAAUUACCACGAAUCUCACAAUUAGCGAACCUACGAAAAGAUCGGACGCCUCAAAUUACGUCGCAAACGUGGGCUUAGGUUUUAACACCGCUCUCCGAGAAAGUUUUACGGGUGAAUAUAUCUGCAAAAAGGUGCAGGUUCGUAAAAAUUGGGAAAAAUAUUCGCCCAAAUUCGCCUCCGUGUAUGUCUACGUGCCAGGCAGUUCUCUCUUCAUCCAAAAAACCGGAGAAAGCUUGUACCCUCCAAAAGAUGCAAAUUGGGUCCGGAUUCCAUGCUCGGUAACGCAUCCCGACGUAAUUGUCACGUUGCAGAAGAAAAAUGAAAACGGUUUACUCCAAUGUCCUUCCGAACACGAGGUUCGUUUCAGUCCGAAAUCCGGUUUUAUUGUGACCUCCCUCAUCAGAGAAGUUUGGGGGAAGUACGUCUGCAUCGGAAGCUUCAAUGGGACCACGACUCCCCAGGAAAUGAUUCAACUUGUAGAAUAUUCCGUCACGGAAGAGGAGAAAAAGUUGACUGGAAAGAACAAAAAACAGAAAAAAGUUGGUCCCAAAAAAUCAGCCUCUUCUGCAGAACGAGCCUUUGGCCACAGUCGGCUAAACUAUUUUGAAGAGGAGCAAGAUGACAAAGACAGUUUUGAAGAAGAAAUUCACCCAAGAAAUGACAAAGGAGAAUCCUCUUCGCUUUCCUGCUUUCCAUCAAAUCCUUGUGGACCCAACAGCGUAUGCAAAACAACUCCAGGAAACGCUCCAAUCCAGAAAUGCUCCUGCCGUGUAGGAUUCAUGGGUCGUCCUCCCAACUGUCGACCGGAAUGCAUUCUCGAUAUGGAUUGUCCCGCCGAGAUGGAAUGUUCCGGACAGCGAUGCAGCAAUCCGUGCAGUUUGAACCGUUGCGGACAAGGGGCGAGAUGCAGGGUGGUGAAUCAUCGGGCUAAAUGUUCCUGUCCUCCCGGGCAUAUCGGGAAUCCGGAAAGGAAUGGGAAAUGCGGGAGGUCAAGGGGUCCUUCCCUGCAGUACUUUCCCGUAGAGUAUGAAGCCAUGAGGGAAAGUGGGGAGAAAUUUGGGGGGUUUGUUUCCGGGGGGAGUCAUGAGUUUGGUGGAACUACGUCUGAAUCGGAAGAGUCGAAUGAAAAUUCGGUGGCGGAAGUGUUUGUCCAGAAUCAGGACCAAUUUCCAUGCGAUCCGUGGCCAUGUGGGCCAAAUAGUCAAUGCAAACCAGUCGGUGCCGAUGCCCACUGCUACUGUUCGAAAGGCUACAUUGGAACACCGCCCCACUGCCGCCCGGAAUGUUCCCAGGAUUCCCACUGUCCCGAUCAUUUAACCUGCAUCGAAACGAAAUGCCGUGACCCGUGCGUAUUUACCGAGGGCAAAUGUGGCGUUCGAGCGUCCUGCCGAACCGUGGGACACAAACCGUCUUGCCGCUGUCUGAACGGGUUUUAUGGCGACCCGUACGUCAAAUGCCGACCGCAACGAGAUGACCAAAAUCCAGCAAACAGACCACCACAAUUCCCAGAUUCUCCGAGACCAAUUGACUCAAAUAAUAAUGGACCAUUUCAACCAAUCUCACGCCCACCACGACCUCCUCCACAACAAAAUUACCCCGUAAUGAUGACCAUGAUGAAACCGGGUACAAAUUACCCGGGUAGUAAUUACCCUCAACCUUCACCCUGCACGAAUUCACCCUGCGGGAAAAAUGCGCUCUGUUCCUACCGAAAUGAAACGGUAGGGUGCAAAUGUCCCCCUCAUUUGUCCGGAUUUGGGUCAGAUCCUUAUCUUGAGUGUUAUCCGAGGAGCAAUCCAUGCGAAAUGUGUGGUCCGCACAGUCAGUGCGUGGUCGAUGAGAGGGGAGGAUCUCCGACGAUUUGCACCUGUCUGGAGGGCAAGGUCGGGUCACCGCCCAACUGUCGGGAUGGAUUCUGUCAGAAGAAUCGGGAAUGUGGGGACAAUCAGCAUUGUUUCGGGGGGCGGUGUGAUGAUCCCUGCAAACGGGCGAACUGCGGGAGGAGCGCGGUCUGCCGGAGUAUGCGACAUUUGGCGGUGUGUGCUUGUCGAAAUGCGCCCGACCGUGACCCGCUUACUGGGUGUCCGCCAAAAGUGAGGGAUUAUUAUGAUGAUGGUGAUAAUAGUCGAGAGUAUUACGUUUAUCGAGGCACGUAGUAUGAAUUUUUUGUGAAUAUGUAUGUGGCACAAAUAAAUAAUAAAAAUUUUUACGGUGUUAAUUUA